CACCACCCAGGCCCAUUCUGUGCUGAAGGGAACGCUGUCGAAACAAAAGCACGAGCGCUUGUUUUCUCGAUUCCAGAUCAACUACAACGCUCUCGACGCUCGAUUCCGUAAGGACAGUGUCCUCGUACGAGAAGAGUUCUGUGAUACACUGCCCUUCCACUGCCCUGGUUAGGUUGGAGCCCAAUGCUGAUCAUCUGCCAGAUCCCUAGUUCUGAAGCCAAUCCCUUGUCG